AUGACUCGCAGCAUUAGCAACGGGCUUUAUAGGAUCCCUAGCAGCAUUCUCCAGACCCUUUCCGAACCUAGAAGAGGAAAACGUGACAUGCUACGUUCUUUUAGGCUUUGCCUUUUCUUGCUUGUAUUCGUUGCAACAACACAAAAGUUAAAGGCUUUUCAACCCUCGUAUAGAAGUUCCGUUUCACGUCGAGGAACCUCCUGCUGUCACAUUCGUGAAAGCGUCUCAUCAUUGCUUCCGUCCCUCCUGCGAUCAAAUACUGAGCUCAACGAAUCUCGCGGUAACAGCAAUAAUGUUCCCUUUCCUGCUCCGCGACUAGAGUUCGAGUUGGAUCGCGCGAUUGCAUUGUACGAGCAGGCGGUUUCGCUGUCUUCGCUGGAAGGCGAAAAAAACAAGGCGUCAGCUUCCUACGGUUGGAUGGUGGAGCAACUGAGCGGUUUUGUGCAGUAUCUGGUUCAAAACAGUAAAUUCAAAGAGUCUUUGAAGAAAAAGAUAAUGCAGGCGUUACAGCAAGAGCAAGUUUCGACACUUUUGGCUUUGCGUGGGGAGUACCGGACAAGCAGCAGUAAAGAUGGCGCUGUUACUUCGUCGUCGCUUUCCCAAGAGGAACUAAAAACUGUACAAACGCAGCUCAAUCAGAUCGAAGUGCUUUUGAAUAAAUCUUCUGGCGAUGACGAAGAGUCGCAAAAGAUAAUUGACAUGGCGACACAGAUUGUUGGGGAAGCAUUGAAGGAUGGUGAUGAUCCCGAGCAGUUCGGGCCCAUCUGGGACAUCUAUAAGCGAGCCAAGAUGCGACGAGAGCAAAUUGAUAUUACUGGAAAGCAGAACGAUGUACCUUCUUUCUUUUCACCGAAAGCGCCGGUAGUGGGGUACAAGCCAUCGUCUGCGACGAAAUCAACGCAAUCGUCACCUCCCUCGCCGGACAAGGCUACCAAGGCCUCUGCCGCUUCCUCAAAAGAUCGCAAAGACACUUCUCGCAUGAACAAGGUUGAGCAGACGCCGAAAAGUACAUCGUCGUCCAAGGACCAGGACUCGCCUUGGGACGCCAUUUCCCGAAGCUGGGAGUCUUUCACGACUUCGCUGACACGUGGCUUUUCCCCCGGCAAUGAAAAGAAGGUGGAAGAGAGCCAACCGACUGCGAAAAUGGCGGACAAUGACUUCAAAAAAGCUGCCGAUAGUAUCAGCCAAUCUCCCAUAGAGUCCGAGAAACUUUACAAGCAGCGGAGUACCAAAGUGGCUGCAGCGGAAGCUGCCGGUAAACAAUCUCGUUGGGGUAACGCCGAACUUGAUCGUGUCCGUCCUGGUAGCUACGUGGGUUCGGCUACACGAGAGAGUGCCAUUCCGGGCGACUCCGUUACCAGCGUAUCGCGAGCAUUUGUCGAUCCGACACCGGAUGGGGGUCCUAAGGUGGUGUCGCAGUCGCUGUACAAAGAAGACUCUUCAAAGAAAAAGCCUUCUACCAGUACACUCACGUCGCUUGGCGCAGGAAAAGAUUCUGCAGAUCUUUAUCGACAACGAGAAGCUCGGGUGCAAGCCGAAGCUGCAUCGGGAAAAUCUCGUUGGGGAGAUAUGGAAAUCAAACGCAUGGAAACCAGAGGUAUCAAAGCACCUGACAAUUUUAUGCAGACGGCCGGGGAAUCCGGUGCCAGAGGAUCGACGUUUGAUGAAAAUUUGUACAAGCAGCGUGGUGCCCGGAUUCUAGCGGGAGCGUCUGCGGGAAGAACAAGGUGGGGGCAGGAUGAAAUUCGUCGCGCCGCCCUUGGCGAUUCAAAGAGUUUGGGAAGUCUGGACAGAAGCAUAUCAUCCACAGGUAGAAGCAUUUCCCAGUCGAAUUCUUUGGACCCUAUUCCUCCAAAUGUACCGUUGAGAUUCGUUAUGGACACACCUCAUCGUUAUCAGGGGCGGAAUGAUCUUGAAGGAUCAGGUCAAGGCUCUACAAUUCAAGAGAGACCAAAUACAAAUAUUGCACACACCCCUGUGCCGAUACCGCCAAAUCCUCCUUUUUUCACCCCUGCGGCUCCCUUACCGGUUUCUUUUCAACAAGGAUCGCCAUCAGUGAACGACCUUACUUCUGCGUACGCAUCAAUGUCGAAGGAAACUCCUGAAGGUGGCACCGGCUCGCUGUCCAAUAGCAUUCCACUCGUGUCGAACGCUGUUCCAUCGCCGACAAGCGAAACGAAGACUCCUCGUUCUUGGAGUGGGAUAGCAGAAGAGUAUACUGCCACCAGUCGUGAAAUAGCGGAAAGUAACGAUGCGUCGUGGGAUGUCCUACCACCAAACACUCAAGGCCCCAACAAUCUUGCAAAGUAUGCCCGAUACAAGAACAUAGCGGAAGGGUGGGCGCUUAUGAGUAAGGGAGCUGAUAUUGGUCCAACAUCGAUUGAUGGAAAGUCGUCGCAUUCAAAAUCUUCCUCGUCCAUUGAUGGGGCUAGACAAAACGGAGUUGAUUUGGCGAAGGAAUGGGCACAAAUGAAUCAAGGUACAGAUACUACAUCUCCAACGCCAGAGACGAAGGCGUCCCAGCGUAAAGAUGAAUCCACGAGCUCGUCACUGGCGCCCCCAAAACCAACAAACUUUCGGAUUACCCGAGUUGUUGAGGAUGGGACUGCGGGGAAUUCAGCCUGGAAAAGCCUUGACAUCAAUUCGAGGCAGACUUCUGAGGAGGAAGAGCUUUCUGCAUCAUCAAAGGACUUUACAGGUCUUGCCCGAGAGUGGUCGGCAAUGAAUAAGAGUGGAGGCAGUGCUCCAAAGGGUACUCCGGUGGCUGGAUCGGCUUCCGAUUACGGCAACCUUGAACGAGAGUGGUCUCGGAUGAACAGGGGUAGCGGCAAGGAUUGGAAAGAUUAGUGGCAACAUUUGGGUAUAUUUCGAUCUGGACAAUAUUCACGUUGAGCCGACAUGAGGAUCGAAAAUGGUAGUAGGUAGCCCAUUCGCACCCACUUUGUAACUGUAUGGGGCAUGGAAAUAAUAUAUGUAUUAAGAUUAGCACCUUUUUGUUGGA